CGAUAUUUAUUUAAAUUAUAAAAGAAAACUGAAAUGAAUCAAAAUCAAAUCAUAUACAUGUACGUACGGCUGUACCCAAAAGUAAGCGACCUAAACUGAACCAAAUACAUGAAUACCAAUACUUAAACUGAGAAAUUCGGUUUACACUCUGGUUUAUUCCGGUUUUAUCAAUAAUUAGAGAUCGUUUGUUUAACUGGAAUCAGCGGAUCUUCAGGUUUCUCCGACAAAACAGAGUGAUGCGGUGGAACAAGAAGAACAUCAUCAACCUCGUCUCCAACUCCACCCACCUCCCUGCCCCUCUAACCCCGCCGCCACCCGAGAUCUACCGCUUACCCCAUCCUCCACCCAAACCUCCCAACAACAACACCCCAAUCCCUCCCACUCUCACUCUCUCUCCAUCUCCACGUCACUCCCUCUUCCUCACCUUCCUCGAAUCCAACCUCCCCCACCACCAAUCCCUAACCCCCAAAUCCCUCACCCAAUUCCUCCGAUCCCACCUCCGCCACCACCCUCUCUUCGCCCACCACGACUUCGCCGUCUUCACCUGGGCCUCCACCCUCGACGCCUUCCGCCACGACCACGACUCCUUCCUCUGGAUGUCGCGAUCCCUCGCCGCCACCCACCGCUUCUCCGAUCUCCACCGUCUCCUCCUUUUCGUCGCCUCGAACCCCUGCCCUUGCGCAUCAGGGAUCUUCUCUUGCCCAAAGCUCGAAUCUUUAUUCAGUUCCGGGAUCGACGCCUUCUGCAGAGCUGGGAAGAUGGAUUACGCUCUGUUAGCGUUUGAGACAAUGAAGAGAUUGAUCGAUGGGAAGAUAAGCGUUGGAGUUUACAACACUGUGUUGAAUGGGUAUGUGAAGAAGAAGGGUUGUGAUAUGGAGAAGGCGUUGGGGUUUUACAAGAGGAUGGUGAAGGUCGAUGCGUGUACGUUUAAUAUUCUCAUCAACGGUUAUUGCAGGAGCGGUGAGUUUGAGAUGGCGUUGGGUGUGUUUAAGGAGAUGAGGGAGAGAGGUUGUGAGCCUAAUGUGGUUAGCUUCAAUACUAUUAUAAGAGGGUUUUUAGGGAAGGGGAAGGUUGAGGAAGGUGUUAGAAUGGCUUACGAGAUGAUUGAGUUAGGUUGUGGAGUCUCUGAAGCUACUUGCGAGAUUCUUGUUGAUGGGUUGUGUAGAGAAGGUUUGGUUGAUGAUGCUACAAGGUUGGUGAUGGAUCUGACGGCGAAGAGGGUUUUACCUAAAGGGUUUGAUUAUGGGAGUUUAGUUGAGAAGCUUUGUAGAGAUAAGAAAGUGGAUAGAGCGGUGGAGAUGGUGGAGGAGGUGUGGAAGAAUAAGGGUGGAGCUCCGUGUUUGAUUGCUUGUACUACACUCGUCGAAGGGUUGAGGAGAUCAGGGAGAGCGGAGAAAGCUUCAGAGUUUAUGGAGAAGAUGAUUAUGAAUGUAGGCUUGGUUCCUGAUAGUGUGACGUUUAACUUGCUUCUUCGGGAUCUCUGUGAUUCUGGUCGUUCGAUGGAUGCAAACAGGUUGAGAGUGUUGGCAACAGGCAAAGGGUUUGAGGCUGAUGAGACGACGUACCGUGUUUUGGUUUCGGGGUUCUCGAAAGAAGGGAGAAGGAAGGAAGGAGAGGUUUUGGUGAAUGAGAUGUUGGAUAAAGACAUGUUGUCUGAUAUCUUUACAUAUAAUAGAUUGAUGGAUGGUUUGUCCACAGGUGGAAAAUUUUCAAAGAAGCAAGUCCGGUUAGAUUAACCAGUGAGACUUCUUCGGCCAAAGGAAUAUGUCAAACACAUUUGAUUUUGAAGAAAAUGAGAUAUGAAAUGGAAACCAAGUUAUAUAGUAGAGGUCUCAUAAUAAUUUAAUUGUGACUAGAGAGAGAUUAGGUAUGAAUUGUAACGAUAACAAUCUCCAAAAGCCAAAACCAAUUCAGACAAGGAGGCUCACUUUUGUUACGAAAAGCAAAGUCUCACUCUUUUUUCUUUUUUUUUUUUUGCUUUGUAGAGAAAAUCUCCUUUUAUUAGAGUUUUUAAUAGAAAAAAAAACUGUAAUUUUUCUUGUUCAUGUAAAUAUGAGACAUUACUU